ACGAAACCCCCUCUUUGGAGAAGCGGGCUACAGGAAAUUGACUUGAGCACAGGAACUUGCUAAUCACUUUUGUCACAUUCGGAUUGUUCCUGCCGCCUCAGUCACCUCGCUGCACACUAAGCCUGACCAGCUCAGGUUGGAUUCUCUACCAGCCUAACUUCACGCUUUCAGUUCUUCCAGCAUGAAGCAGUCAUAAUCUCGAGGAGCGGAACGCCAAUCCUGGAAGGAAAUCACCACACUGACAAGACUUCGGUUGCUUUUGUUUUGACAGAGCUGUGCCCAGUAAAUUUGACUUCCGGAGUCAGUCAUUUUGGUGUGUUCUUCUACGACAGUUGGAGACGAGGCUUUGGAAGUUUUCCAGGUCACUGCUGCCUCUCUCUUGGAUGGACAGGGAGAAAUAACACCUGCAGAUUGCUGCCAGACGUCCUGAGAACACAAGCCCGCCUGGUCUUUGGUCCCCUUGCCGAAUGGUGUUUGCCGCAGUAGCCCACUGAGGGCUCUUUUCCUGGGGAUUCUGGACCUGGGUGCAGGACUCCUGUCUGGGAAGAUGCUGAGUUCCAUCAAGUGUGUGUUGGUGGGCGACAGUGCUGUGGGGAAAACCUCACUGUUGGUGCGCUUCACCUCUGAGACCUUCCCCGAGGCCUACAAGCCCACGGUGUAUGAGAACACAGGUGUGGAUGUCUUCAUGGAUGGCAUCCAGAUCAGCCUGGGCCUCUGGGACACAGCCGGCAAUGACGCCUUCAGAAGCAUCCGCCCCCUGUCCUACCAGCAGGCUGAUGUGGUGCUGAUGUGCUACUCCGUGGCCAACCAUAACUCAUUCCUGAACUUGAAGAACAAGUGGAUUGGUGAAAUCAGGAGCAACCUUCCCUGUACCCCGGUGCUGGUGGUGGCCACCCAGACUGACCAGCGGGAGGUGGGGCCUCACAGGGCCUCCUGCAUCAAUGCCAUAGAUGGGAAGAAACUGGCCCAGGAUGUGCGAGCCAAGGGCUACCUGGAGUGCUCGGCCCUUAGCAACCGGGGCGUGCAGCAGGUGUUUGAGUGUGCUGUCCGGACUGCCGUCAACCAGGCCAGGAGACGAAACCGAAGGAAGUUCUUCUCCAUCAACGAGUGCAAGAUCUUCUAAACCCCAGGACACUUCACCCGACACUCAGGAACACAUGCCAAAGAACAAUGGGAGGAGGGAAGCAGGCAAGAUGGGAAGGUUGGUGCUCUUUCUAGGCACAUCCCAAGCAGCCCUUCCUGUUGGACACAGCUGUUGAGACUGGGCCAGUGGAUGUUUUCACUAAAUAUAAAUGAACUCCCCGCAAAAUAUACUCAGAGGAACCCCUUGGGCUGUAAUGGAUAGCUCGUUUUCAAUUAAAAAAUUAAAAUGACCUCCAUAAUUUUGGACAAUGAAGUGAGUUUUCCAAGUAUUCCAUAUUUAAAGACACACUUUAUUUAAAUAAUAGCAAAGUCUACAGCUCUUGUACAUAAUUGGUUUUCACACUUGGAAAGUCUUUUCCUACGUACUCACAAACUGCUAUAUGAGUGAAAUAACCUCGUGGGGCUUUGCCAUAUGUUUAUAGGGUUAUUAUUUUUGCCAAAACCGGUAGUUCUGUCAAAAUCUCUUGCCUGCUGGAAUUUUCUAGGUAAUUGAAUUUUGAAAUGACCAUAAACUGAUCCUUGCAAUUCAUUUUCCACUUACAUUUUAUUUAGAGUUGUAUAUAAGAUACAGUUCCAUAAACAUAUUUCCAUACUGACUAAGGAUUUUCAACAGUUACCACCACAUUUCUCUGUAAUUAUAAAAAAGCAUUUCUUACUUGUGAACUUCUUUUUAAAGAACCCCAGUUAUGCACUAAGUUUUCCUCAAUUGUUCACCAGGUCCCACGGCAGGGAAAUGCUUCUGGCAGGGAACCACACUGCUCAGUGGCAGUAGGACGUGGAACAGGAGCGAGCACUCAUGCUCCCUUCAGGGACCUCGGCUCAUUGCCUGUCACUUCUGACGCAGUGCCUCUGAAUGGUUGCAGGUCUUAUGGAAGAGGGCAGGCGUAAAGUUCUGCUUGGUGGCUCAUUUGACAAACGUGUUCUCCAACUCUGGCUGGCAUGACAACAUAUUUUAUAAAUUUUAGCAUCUAAUUCUGAAUAAUUGAGAAAGCACCUAUAUAUGUGUGUGUGCAAGGGGAAAAAGGUAGAAUUUAUAACUUUUACUGUUCCUUGAAUAUAAGUUCUUGAUGAAAAAUCAAAGCCAAAUAAACCCCAAGCAGAGUUGUGUAGACUUUGCUCAGGUAACAAAAGUUACCAGGGAUAAUACUAAAUAAAUAGGGACAAACACACACACUCUCCUAAAGCCCCAUUUUAUCUAAUAGCUUAAAAGCACUGAUGUUGCUCAUCUGUUAAAAUUGAGAACAGAGUCUAUGUAACUUAAAGAAAUUGUGAAGAUAUAUAACUUACUAUACCCAGAUAUACCCUUUUCUGCCCCCAUCAAAUACAACUGAGAGUCACCUGAACCACAUUUAUGGUAGUACUUAUUUACGUGCAGUACCUCAUGUUCUGGUGUAACAGGUAAGGCAGCUAGCAUGAGUAACAAUGAUCAGAAUUAUGCUGGUAUUGCCAAACCCAUUUUUCAGAUUCCUUAUUUGGCCAGUUCUUUAUAGCUGUAAUCAGUGUCAAAAAUCAAACCUGCUCUCACCUCACACUGCUUUUGCCUCCUCUAUCUCCUCUCACCCACGUCCAGUAAAAGGCCUGGGACCUGGAUCUUAGUCUGUGGUGGGAGGGUUGCCUCAGUUCUUUGGGAUUAAGGGUCUACCUUCAUCCCUCCAGUCCUGUGGCCUGUUCUUGCCUCUGCGUCACCUGUGUGGUUCCAUGGUGGAAGCAGAGGAGGAAGGGCAGGCCAGGGGGUCACAAAUGGCUUUGCUAUUACCUAGUCGAGGACACACAGAUGAGACCUGUGCCUACUGACUGGAGCCAAGCUCACAGGCUCUGGGAACCCUCACAUCUGAGACGAGGACUCUAUGCAUGACCCUCCUCAGUGGGAAGCUGGUAGAAAUUAAGCCAGUCGGUGUCUGUCAUCCCUGCUGAGUUAUAUGUUCUUGAAGGCAGGGCCGCCUCCUUUCAUCUCAGUGUCCCCAGGGGCUCACAUAGGGAAGGAACAGUAGCUAAAUUCAGUUGUAUUGAAUUGAACUGGAGAAAGACAAAAAUUGGGCUUCUGUACCAUAGAGGGGUAAUGAGAAGGACACAGACCCUCACCAUCCUCUAAGGGGUGAGAAGUGAAAAUAGGUCAUUUGGGUGAAUCCAUGUUAACGCAUGUUCUACAUGAGUGUGUAUUUAUUUUUGCUGACCUGGAUGAAGGCAUAUGUUUCUUACACUUCAAUACUCGUGGUCCCUUUUUGUAGAUUAUUAUUAUGUCUAUUCUUUACCAUUGCAAAUGGGAAAAUUGAAUAUGCUCUUGUUUACAUUAAAGAGUUGAUUUGAGUGGUCAAGAAACUCAUCCUUGUCUCAUUCAUUCGGGCUGCUAUAAUGAAAUACCAUAUAUGGUGUGGUUUAAACUACAGAAGUUUUUGCCUUAUAGUUUGGAGGCUAGGGAGUCUGAGAUCAGGUGCCAGUACGGCCGGGUUCUGGUGAGGCCCAUGCUCCUGGUUUGCAGAUGGUGGUCUUCUUGCUGUGUUCCCACAUGGAGAGGAUAGAUCACCUCUCCUCUCUCUUAUAAGAGCACUAAAGUCCCGCCUCCUAAUGUCAUCACAUUGGCGAUUGGGCUUCAACAAAGGAAUUUUGG